AGUUAAAGUGAAAGUUAAAGUGAAAGUUAAAGUUGUUGUCUUUGUACGGAAACAUGGAGACUGAUCUGAUGCGUUGUUUUUAUCUGUUGCUGUUGAUGGUCAUCUGUGACGGGUUCCAUGUCCAUGGUCCAUCUGGUCCUCUCAUUGUCCAGCUGGGAGGCUCAGUGGUGCUGCCGUGCUUUGUAGAAACUCCUCUACCAAUGCAAGAACUGGAAAUAGAGUGGAAAAGAAAUGACUCUGAAACUCUAGUGCACUUGUGGCAGAAUGGAGAGAGUCAUCCGGAUUCUCAGAACCCGAGUUAUCGUGAAAGAGCUCAUUUCUUCAUUGAGGAGAUCGCUCAGGGAAACUUCUCUCUCUUCCUUACGAACGUGACCCGGGAAGACGCAGGAGUUUAUAAGUGUGCUGUUUACACAAACCAUGACUCCUAUGAAACUCUGAUUGAAAUAAAGGAGAUUGAGCGUUUGAUCGUGUCUGGAGCCCACGUCAUAUCUGCGUAUGCGGGUGAAGAUAUCACUCUGAAUUGCUCUGUAGACUCACAUAUCCCAGCGGAAAAUAUAGAAGAGGUCUCAUGGAGGAAAACGGAUGGAGAGAUCUUAGUGCUGCUCUAUGAACAUGGUGAGGUCCACACAGACUCGUCCCAUGAGAGAUACAUGGACAGAGUGGAAUUGUUCAGCGCUGAAGAAAGAAACAAAGGAAACUUCUCAUUGAGACUGAAGGAUGUCCGAACUGACGAUAAAGGGCUGUAUACAUGUUCAGCAUUCUCUGGGGCAUUCUCAGAUCACACAACUGUGGAAGUACAGCAGCUGAAUUAAGAUGGAGAUAACCCAGAAGCCAGAAGCCAGAAGCACCCACCAUGACAUGCUGACAGGGAAGGAGAUAAACCCGCCACAUUCUCUCUCAGUUCUCGCUGUCUCUCAUUCUUUCUCUUUCCAUCUUCUUCACUGUGAUGAACUACAAGCACGUAGCACAUUCCUUCAGAAAUCUCUCUCUCACACACACAUACAAGCUAUGCACACACACACACACACACACACACACACACACACACACACAUAGUGAAGAUACACAUUCCUGUUACGCAGUGUUCAUUCCUGUUAUCAAAUUGUUUUUCUCUAAAAAAUAAAGUUAAACCACUGCUUUUCUCAA